GGUUUCGAUUUGAAAGUUCACUGUACAGUAGGCCUAGUAGAAAAGGGAAGAUGCCGUGAUGCAGUACGGCGGUUAACACGAAAGAGGACAGACCAAUCCUUAGAAAGUGAUGGAAGUAAGUCAAAUGAGAUGAGAUGUGAUUCUAUGUGAAAUGGCAGAUUUUAAGUUAUCUACUCAAGAAAUUGAGCUAGGAAUUAAGACACUACUAAACUUUAAGACAGCAGAUGGUGACUCAGCAUCUAGUAUUGCUGCACCACCAAGUACUGAAAAUCCAGUUCAACUGAAAGAUGACAAGGAGAAACCAACUGUUGUAUCCACAAAAGCAUCACUGGAAUUUCCAAUAGAUCCUGAUGGAAACCAUGACGAUGGAAGCAAGAAGACCAGAAAGAGACGGAGCAAAGUUAUGGAUGCCAGCAACCAAGACGGUGGAAUUAAAUCAUCGCUGGCUGAAGAAAGCUUGGUAGGCUUGCCAGCACCUUCAGCUAUCCUCAGCAAUCAUGAGUUACCACAUUCUUCAGUGAGUUCUACUUCCACAGAUGACAAAGAAUUUAGGAAGAUUUUAAAAGCGAAAAGACACUUGAAGAAUUCACAAAGUAAUGACCAGAUGACAUCAGCUGAAGAACAGGAACAAAAUGGUAACACACAGGUAGAAAAUGUCGAAAACAAACCUGUUGAGGAAGCAGUCAAGAAGUUUUGGGACUUGCCUGUUAAAAAAGAGAAGAAAAAGAAAUUAAAGAAGAAAAGGGCAGAGGAACUUAAAACUGCAAAGAUGGAGAAAGAAUUGAAAACAGAUGAGAGCAAAUCCAAAGAAAUCAAAGAAUUAGAUACAGUGGAAAGUCACUCAAAGAAGAACAAGGAUGGAGGGAAGAAGUCAAAAAGCAGUACCAGCAAGAUUGAACAUACUCAGACAGAAGUCAAGAAAGUAGUAAGUCGGGAAGCAACACAGGUACAGUCACAGGAAGCAUUACUGAAGAAAUUGGAGGAAGAUGGAAUAUUUCCCCUGAAAAAGAAAUCCACACGAUUUGUUCAAGCCAAAUUCUUUUGUCGCUUGUGUGAUUAUCACAUGGAUACGCCUGGGGAUUGUGACCGACACAUGCAGGACAAUCGUCACAAACGGAGAAUCGAGAUUAACAAAAUUGAGACAUGUCUGGAGAAGAUGCCAGCAGUGAGACCUGACCAGGUGGAAGCCAUUGAUCACCUGAUGGACAGCAUUUUCCUCCAGCAUGCCCUACAACAGGAAGAGCUCGACUAUAGGGCUAAAGUCGCUAAGAAACUUGAGACGUUUCUCCGUGAAACCCAGCCAGAUGUCAGUGUUGUGCUGUAUGGAUCAUCACAAACUGGGAUUGCUGUGAAGGGGUGUGAUGUUAACAUGGACCUACUGGUGAAGGGUGAUCUAGGUCAGGCCCAGGCCCUCACUAAGGCUUUCAAGGUUAUGAAGGAGUUGGAAGACUACAGGGAUGUUAAGAGUGAUUUCUCAGCAAAAAUUCCCUGUAUCUACUUUUCUGAUCACACCGGGUGUUUGUCCUGCCAACUGACCAUCACCGGAUCCUUAGCUCCACAAACAUCCACUUUGCUUUGUAUCUAUGCAGACAUUGAUCCUCGGGUCAGAAAGCUAGGAAUUGUGUUCAGAUAUUUUGCUAAGAUUUGUAAGAUAGACAGACAAGACGAGGGCACACUUCCUGCCUACUGUUACUCUCUACUGGUUGUGUACUAUCUACAGAAGUGUACCCCAGCUGUCCUCCCUGUCCUUGACCUGGGUCUUGACGAAGACGAGAGUAAGUCACCUACCAAGAGAAAAAGGACACCCCCUCCAGAGGAAGCCAACUUCUCAAAGAUCAAAGAAUCGGCUGGGAAAUGGCACACAGAAAACGCUAGGAGUGUUGGUGCUCUGUGGCUGGACAUGCUGCGCUUUUACUGCCUCGAGUUUGAUAACAGCCAGUAUGUGAUAUCCCUGCGACAGGAAAAAUACCUGACCAGGUCUCAAAAGAAAUGGAACACAAAGAGAGUUGCUAUUGAAGAUCCAUUCUCCAACAAGAGAAAUGCUGCACGCUCCGUGACAAAUUAUGAGGUGUUCCAGUAUAUCUGGGACUGUCUGAGGAAGUCUUAUUACUACUUUAGCCUGCCCACAAACUACAGCAAACUCACAGUUGAACAGAAAGAUGUGCUAGAAAAAACUAGGCUCAAGGUCAAGGCUGAAAAAGAAAGACUGGCUAAAGAGGCAAAGAUGAAAGAGCAGAAAGAACAAUUGGCACAAAAUAAAAAGAAAAGUAGUGAAAAAACAGCAAAUGAAGGUGAGGAAGAAUCUGGAGACAACUCAGAUGUUGUGAUAUUGGGCUCUUCUGAAGAAGAGUUGGAUGAUGAAGGUAACUAUAAAAAAGUGAAAGAUCAGGAUAAACAUGUUGAUAGGGAAAACACCAGUAGCAUUUGCAAGCAAUUAGAUUUUACCAAAUCUACACAGGAUUCUGUGAAAAAGGAGAAUGAAGAAACACCAGAGGAAAGUGGAACUGAGAAUGAUAGAAGCAUUGAUCCUAUGGGGGAAGACACGGGUAACAUAAGACAGCUGUCUCAAACAGAAAAGGUAGAAUUGAUCGACCAGUGUGGUUGUGAUGAGUCUAUCAAACAUUCUGAUCAGAAAUCCACAGACAUUUCUUCUGAACCUGACUCAGAACAACUUCACAAAGACUCAUUGGUGAACACGUUAUCAGAAUUGACACUAAAAGAUAAAAGAGACAAACAUGCCAAACCACCCGACACUUCUUCAGAAGAAUUUUUAGUUGAAAGAUGUGAAAAUUUAGUGCUUGAUGAUCAAAGUGUUUGUGAAACCAAAGAAAGUUUAGAGACUAAAACAGAAAAGACAAAAGAGGAUGUGGUUGAUUCAAAAGAGGAACCUGUAAAAAGUGAAGAGGCUUCACCUUCAAAGGAGGCUGCAGUGGAUUUAGUGGAAGCAGAAUGUUUAUCAGAACCUGAAAAUGAUAGUCCUGCUUCAAAGGACGUGGAGUGUUCUCCGGAACCUGAAAAUAAUAGUCCUGAUUCAAAGGAAGUGGAGAGUUCUCCGGAACCUGAAAAUAUUAGUCCUGAUUCAAAGGAAGUGGAGUGUUCUCCGGAACCUGAAAAUAAUAGUCCUGGGUCGGAAAUAGUACUUGAUCUUGAGUAUGACUUUGAGUUUUCGGAGAUAAAGUUCACUGAUGGAAAGGGUCCUGUGAUCUUCUGCAGUAUUUGUGAGAAGGAAGGCCAUCUGAAGAAUUCUUGUCCUGAUGAGGCUCUCCCUGAUCUCAAACCACUGCCCAAAAUGACCAAAGAUUUCCUUAGAAGUCUUACUAAUACAAUCAAGCAAGUUCCAAGAGAUUUUGCAGUGAAGGAAGAGGAGUAUGCAGACAGAGAAGAUAUCAGACAAGAGCUUGAGGAGUUCAUUCAGGAACUGUACCCAGAUGCUGAACUCCACCUAUUUGGGUCUUCACAUAAUGGAUUUGGGUUUAAACAGAGUGACCUUGACCUGUGUGUGACCUUCAAAGGCAAGCCUACCAGUGAGGGCUUGGACCCUGUACUGGUGAUAGAGGAGAUCACACAGAAACUGAAGAAGCACCGAGGCCUUUACAAUGUGUUUCCCAUCACCACAGCCAAGGUUCCAAUUGUCAAGUUCAAACACAGACGCAGUCGCUUGGAGGGAGACAUCAGUUUGUAUAACUUGUUGGCACUAUAUAACACUAAAAUGAUCCAGCUGUAUGCCUCCUUAGAUCCCAGGGUCAGGUGCCUUGGUUAUGCCUUCAAAGUUUUUGCCAAGAUUUGUGAGAUUGGAGAUGCCUCCAGGGGAAGUCUGUCCUCCUAUGCCUACAUACUCCUGCUCAUCUACUACCUCCAGCAAUGUAAACCAUCCAUCUUACCUGUCCUACAGGAGUUAUACCCAGGAAAAAAGCCGGAGAGAAUUGUAGAUGGCUGGAACACGUGGUACUUUGAUGAUGUGGAAAAACUGCCCAAAAUAUGGAAGUGCAAGAACCAGCAGAGUUUGGGAGAGUUGUGGUUUGGAAUGUUUGUCUUUUACACUGAAGAGUUCUCCAUUAAGGAUAAUGUGGUGUGCAUUAGACUAUCGGAACCUCUGACACGGUUUGAAAAGCUGUGGAAUGGAAAGUGUAUAGCAAUAGAGGAUCCUUUCGAUCUAGCACACAAUCUUGGUGGGGGUCUUUCAAGAAAGAUGAACCAGUACAUCAUGAAGACAUUUAUCCGAGGUCGAGAGUUGUAUGGCAUGCCUUCAGAAAUCCCCAAAUCCUGUUCAACUCCUGCGGAUUACUUCUUUGACAAGAAACAGCUGUCUCAAGGAGCACCACCUAGUGACCGUUGCUGUCGUGUGUGUAGCAAGAUUGGCCACAUUGCCAAGGAGUGUCCAAAAGUUAUCCAGAGGAAAGAAAGAGAAGAAAGAGAGAAAUUUAAAAAUUUCAGGUCAAAAGAUAAAAAACAACAAAGAGAAGAUGGUCAAAAAAACAACAUGGAAGAACAAGGUCGAUAUGGGGACAAAAACAUGUCUCAAGGGCAGUACAACAACUCUAAAGGGUUGAGAAGAUCACAGUCAGAAUCCAAUGACCCCAAUUUGGAACAGGAUUGGCGUCGCCCCGGAAACCCACAGCAACACCAUAGUUCUAACACUGGACAACGAUAUCAACAGCAGCAGCAGCAGCGCCAUGUGGCCAGCCAGCCAAGGAAUAUCCCCAUGCCGUUUGGGCAUCAAGGAACACCCAGACAGAGGCAAUUUAACAGUGGCAGUCCUCAGGGCAAUUAUCGUGGUAGUCCACGGUCCAACGUAAACCUGUCCGACUCAUACCCACCACCUAGGCAAACUGUAUCACCGAUGAAGCAAGGUCAUGACCCCAGGCCAGCAUCUUCCCCUAAACAGAUCGGCCGGCCCCAGUACCAGGAGGGGUACAUGUCCACUAGCCCACACAACAAGGGCAUGUCAGGCCAUCCCUGGAUGAAUCAGUACAUGCAGAACUCCCAGCGUAUGUCUCAGCACCAACAGCAGCAGCAGCAGCGCCACCAGGGGACGCCGCCGAACCCAUACCCUAACAUUCCUCCUGGGUCAUCACCAAGACAAGUUUCUCUGUCAGCCAAUCCUGGUACCAUGGGGCCUCCAAGCAUAGGUGUGUCAAUUCCAAACGACCAAUACCGUCAAUCUAGUCACCAAGGCAACCAGGGAGGGGGCUCCAGAGGGGGCUCCAAUCAAAGACAAUCAUACAAACAGUUUACAAAUCAACAGAGGCGGAUGUGAGGUAUCAACAACAGUGAGAGACUCACAAAUCAUCUAACAGUCAACAGGGCAGAAAAUAUCUUACAAAUCAUCCACCAGUUAACAAAGGAGAAAAUGUCUUAGCCCAAUGGUCAACAGAGGGGAAUUGUCUUACAAAAUAUCUUACAAAUAAUCCACAAGCCAACAAAGAAGAAAUGUAGGACAGAAAAUAUCUAACAAAAUACCAAUAAUCCACCAGUAAACAGAGGAGAAAGGAGCUGCAAAAGCACCAAUCAAAAACUGUUUAACUAACAGUCUGCCAAUCAAGAAAGAAGGAAGUUAACUUCCUCAAAAUAGUAGAAUUAAGUGUACAUACCUCUAUACCAGGUAAACUGCUUUGUAACACUUGGAUCUUAUAGACCGAGUUGCUUUAGACAUGAGAGGAAGUAGUUAGGUCAGCCAUAUUGUUAUGUCAAUGGAUUUACUUUAUUCUGCAUUAUUACAUCUUAUGAAUAUUUCUUCUGAUAAGUUAUCAAAUUUAUAGAUAAAAUCACAAAUUUUGAUGUUCAUCUAAUAGACAUUUAAAUGUUGGUGUAAAUAUCAUUAUAUACUAUUUGAUAUGUAAGGAGUGACAUUAUGAUAUAUGGUGGAAUUUGUUUGAGAAUGGAUAUAGAUAUUUAUAAUUAUUUUGAGGUUCAAUAUAUUUAGCACUGUUUUUUUCUGUCUCAUGAAUUUGUAGAGUGACAAUUUCUUUAGAAAAAAAUGUACGUUUUUGCUUCUUUUUCAUUUAAAAUUUCAUUUGGUGAUUUUAGUUCUAUUUUGAUGAUAUACUAUCAAAUAUUGUGACUCAUGAGAUUUGGCAGCUUUAUAAAGAACUGCAGCUUUUCACUCAACGAGUCAGCUGUAUUAAGUAUAGGAGUCAAGUCUCCAUAGAGAUUGGUACAUGUAUUGGACCUUUUGAGGGAAAUGUUGCAGAGAAGAAAAUACAAACUCUCAAAGAAACAGCAGAAGUUUUGCUGAUUGCUUCACACUUUUUCCAUUCUGUAUCACAGGGAGAAAACUGAUCAAACAUUGAACUACAGUAUAACAAUCGAAAAAGGGAAACAAAUAUUUUUGUAGGUUUUUUUUUACCCAAAUUGUUUAUAUUAUGGUAGCUACACAUUUUUAUCUAAUUUUUUGAUACUGGAACAUCAUAAAUGAAAUAAUAAGAAUGCAAAAAUUGCAGAAAAUUAUACUUGAAAAUUCAUGACAAACAUUUAACUUAUAAUUUUUUGCUGUUAUUGAAACUGUAGUUGGUAUAGAUUUUAUAACAAAUAUGUCAACUUGCGUAUAUUAUUUAUAUGUAUUUGUACAUCUAGCCCAUGGUUUGUAAAAAUAGGGACAAAUUCAUCUGGAAAAGAGACCUUGUGUAUUGAACGGUCUAGUGUUGUGUUUUUAAUGUAUUGCUAUCAUCAAAACACAGGAGAUUAUGGUCAGGGCUCUUAAUCAUUACAGUCUAUUUCAAAUAAUUUCAUUUUUAGACUAUAAACAAAAUAAUCAAUUCCCCAGAAACUCCAAUUUAAAUCCAAUAUGAAAAUAGCCUCCAUUUAACCACUUGCAUUGUCUAAUUGUUAUUUUCGUUGUAUGUAUGUUAGAUUUUCACUGGAGUCAUUUGGUGAUAGUUUAGCACCAGAAGAAAAGAUGGUUGGAUGUUACCAUUUCUAAAAUGGUAAGCAUGUGUAAAUAUAGAUAGUUGUCAGGUGUUGGUCAGAGCAAAUUCAUAUUUGUAGUAUUGUGUAGGUGAUAAUGUUCACUGAGGGGCAUGUGUAAGAAAAUCAUGAUUUUUUUUAUUUAAAUCUAAAAUUGGGUGUUUAGAUAGGAGACUUUAGUUUGACAUGUACUAGAGAUUAAGAGAAUCUUUCACCAGUGUGAUGGAGACAAGAGCUAUCUCAACAACGGUAGGUUUAACUUGAGGCUUUGCCAUUCUUAACUUCAAAAAUCUAAUCUAAAAUGUUGAAUUAUCUCUCUUUUAACAUAGAUGAGAGUUGUUUUGGUCCUAUUUAGGACCUAUUGCAAUGGCCUUUUGUCUGGCGUUGUUGGUCAUCCUUCGUCCAUUAUAAACAAUAUACAUUUUCGACUUCUUCUCAUAAAUGAAGAGGCCCAGGGUCAUGAUAUUGAGCCAGUAGCAAAGUGGGAUGAAUGGGUACAAAGUUUGUUCAAAUCACUGACCUUGAUCUAUUUUAAAGGUCACAGGUGUCAAAUGUGUUUUAACCUUUAAAUGACUCAUUCUCACGAUAUUUGUUCAGUUAACAAAAAUACAUACUGAGGUCAAAAAUCAUAGUCAUUGGUCAAGGUCAUUAGGUCCAAAGGUCAAGGUUUUUCACUAACAUUUAAUAUGAAAAAGCAUGAUAAGGUUAGAAUUAAACAAGGAGUAAAGUGACCUAAGGUUAAGGUCACUGGGUCAAAGAGGUCACUGUCACUUGGUAAAGGUCAGAGGUGUCUUUUCACUGACAAACAUUUUAUUGUGACAUGAAAUAAAUUGGUCAGAAUUAAACAAAGACUCAACUGACCAGAGAUCAAGGUCACUGGGUAUAAGGUCGAGGUCAUUUGGGUCAAAGUUUAAGGACAAAUUUGAUUUCUUACUAUAAGACUGGCUGUAAUUGUGAUGUGGUUUUCAAAGUUCAUAUAAAACCAAUUGCACAAAUUGAUAAAACAAAUGAGUAUUUUACAGUACUCAAAUUUACAUUUCUGUAAGCCUUGUGAAAUUGAGAAUUGAAAAGAAACAGGAGUCACAUCAUAGUGCAUAUAUAUUGUAUAAUGUAUAUUUUUCUUGUGUAACUGUUUCCAUGACAUCGUACGUUUGUUCUGAAUUGGGAAUCCUCCAGUUUCAUCCCUAGGGUUAAUGGCAAACAAAUUAGAUUGAUGUUUGUUCGACUGGAAUUUAUUUACCUAACAAAAACGGUACCAGUGGGAGAAGAACCUGUCCAUAAUUACUGGAUGUGGGUAGAAAAGUACAUACUGGAUGAUGUACAGUUCCUAAUCAUUGUCUCGCCCUUCCUUACAUUUCAGCCUUGUUAACCUGAGUUUGUGUCGGCCCACUAACCUGUGUUUGUGUCGGCCCACUAACCUGUGUUAAUGUCGGCCCACUAACCUGUGUUAAUGUCGGUCCACUAAACUGUGUUUAUGUCGGUCCACUAACCUGUGUUUAUGUCGGUCCACUAACCUGUGUUUAUGUCGGCCCACUAACCUGAGUUUAUGUCAGUCCACUAACCUGUGUUUGUGUCGGCCCACUAACCUGUGUUUGUGACGGCCCACUAACCUGUGUUUGUGACGGCCCACUAACUUGUGUUUAUGUCGGCCCACUAACCUGUGUUUUUCUGAGUCUCUUUAACCUGUGUUUGUCUCCGCCUUAUUAAACUGUAGUCCUAUAAUAUAUCAUUGAAUAUUUAUGAUAUUUAAGGUUCGAAUAAUAACAUUGAUAAGAAAUAUCUGAUAACUAGUGUUAAAUAUCACAAUAUGAACCUUCAAAGACAUCUAUUGUAGGACUAUGUUUGUCUUUAACCUCACUCACUUUUGUCUUUUAAAUUGCUGGAUUUUGCUGUCAUAGUGUUGUCGUUACAUUAAAAGUUAUUUUUGUAGAAAAUAGGGAUGUCACAAUUAUCUAGAAAACAGGCAGGGUGAGAUACACAGGAAUAUAACAUCACAACACAAAACUAUGUCACUCUAUCGCAGUAUUUUUAAAUGCCCUAUUUUAUGUAUCUGGUACUUAUUUUAACCCUAGGAUUAUCACAUUUGUGUAUUACUUUAACCCAGGAAGCCUCUUACUAUUGAUGGAAUUUGGUGGAGAUUUCGUUAUCUUUGUUUCAAAUAAAAACUGUAAGUCUGUAUGACGAAUAUUAUAUAUAUGCUUUAGCUUGAUUGUGUUUUGACAGCAUAAUCAGCUGAUAUUAUUAUAUAGUAUAUGUAUGUACACUUCUGUUACAGUUUGUAGUGAUACAUAUCUCAAUACAUUCCUAUUUGUUGAAAUGCUUACAGUGUAUAUCACAGUGACACAGUUAGGGGGAAGUUUUCAGGUAAAUACAGUUAAUAUUUACUUGUGUCUUCAUGUUCCGAGCACUCCUUCUUAUGUAUGUUUAUACCCCAGGGGGUGGGGUAUGUUUUUAUCUUGGCAGUCUGCCUUACUCUUUCUCAUCGCUCUAUUGUUCAUAUUGAUGGAUUCUUAUGAAACUUCACGUGUGUGUUUGUAUUGGACAAACCUUAAACAAGAUCAAAUAUGGACAUAAUCGGUCAAUGGUCUAGGUCACUGUUACUAAAAAUAGAGUUUUACUCUCACAGUCAUUGUCAUCACUCAAGUGGUUGACACUACUGACAGAUCUUGAUGAAACAUCAUAUGUGUUUUAUUGGACAAACUUCAUGCGCAAAUUUAAAUAUCAACAUCAUUGUUCAAAAGUCAAAGGUUAAUUCUUGUGUUUAUUAAACACCAUUAAGUGCCUUAUUCCAGCUACAUGUAUAUAAAUAUAAUGGAAAUAACAGCUAUACAAAAUCACAAAUAUUACAAUAUUUUGUAAAUCAGCAUAUCAAACCAGGAUUAUUGAUACAGCAGCUACAUAAUCAGGCGAGGGACAUGGAUAUUAGGAGCCUUGUUCUACUUUCUUAUGUGAAACCAUUGUUUAUCCUCCAUACCAUUGUUCCCCUACAUACAUAGUACCUGUUGUUUCUCCUUCAAACAUGUUGUGUUCGUCUUACACACAUGUUGUUUCUCCUCCAUACCUGUUGUUCCCUUCAUAACAUAAUGUUCUCCUAAAUACCCUUUAGUCCCCUACACACCUGUUGUCUCCUCCAUAUCCUAUAUUCCCCUACACACCUAUUGUUUCUCCUAAUACCCUUUGUUCCUCUACACACCUUUUAUUUCUCCUCCUGAUCCUUUGUUCCCCAUUCACACCUGUUGUUUCUCCUCCUGAUCCUUUGUUCCCCUACACACCUGUUGUUUCUCCUCCUGAUCCUUUGUUCCCCUACACACCUGUUGUUUCUCCUCCUGAUCCUUUGUUCCCCUACACACCUGUUGUUUCUCCUCCUGAUCCUUUGUUCCUCUACACACCUGUUGUGUCGCCUCCAAAUCCUUUGUUCCCCUACACUCCUAUUGUUUCUCCUCCAUACCUUUUGUUCCUCUACAUACCUGUUGUUUCUCCUCCCGAUCCUUUGUUCCCCAUUCACACCUGUUGUUUCUCCUCCUGAUCCUUUGUUCCCCUACACACCUGUUGUUUCUCCUCCUGAUCCUUUGUUCCCCUACACACCUGUUGUUUCUCCUCCUGAUCCUUUGUUCCCCUACACACCUGUUGUUUCUCCUCCAUAUCCUUUGUUCCCCUACACACCUGUUGUUUCCCCUGAUCCUUUGUUCCCCUACACACCUGUUGUUUCUCCUCCAUAUCCUAUGUCGCCCUACACACCUAUUGUUUUCCCUCCGUAAUGAUUGGCCCCUACAUUUCUCAUGUUUGUUUGUCCAACCCGAUUGUUUCCUCUGUUUGCCCUUUGUUUCUACUCCAUACUUGUUCCCUCAGUGUAUCUGUUGUUCUCCAUUAAACUGUUAUUGCAUGCAGUAAUACCUUACAUCUAUUUUGAUGUAGUGUGUUUAAAAUUCCACAGUUGUUCAGUACUCUUAAUCUGACAUUUCCACAACUUGAAACCUGGCUAUAUGAACCAUAUGUAAGAGUAGCAAUGUUCAUACAAGGUAAUUAUUGACUGUAAAGUGAGACUCCAAGCCUUAGGGACCUCUUGUUUAUAAAACAACAUGCAAUUAGAAUGGAUACUUAGUCUACCUGUUUGUGUGAUAGAUGUCACUUCACGUUUAACUGUAUCACUUAUCAUUCACUGAAACAGGGCAAAUGGGAGAUUAUUGAAUGUGAUACCUGUGUCAGAGCUUGACAGAAAAUU